AGGCGGAAACUCGAGCAGGAUCGGUUGCGUAAAUACUUUCGAAAGGACCUAUCAGCGCUUGGGGCGCCAUGUUUGAUCUGUGAGCGGGCUUGGGCGGGUGUUGUGCUCGGGGGUUGAGCCACGCACGCCAUGGAGUCUAUGAAUCUGCGGGAUCGCCCGCUGGAUCAGCGUCUCAAGGAAAGCAGUAGACGCUUCCAGACGUACAUGCAGCGGCUGAUAGCGAAGUACAACCAACCCUUUGAGGAUGACCCGUUGGUGCAGAUGGCCACGCUGACUUACGAGACGCCCCAGGGAUUGAGAGUCUGGGGAGGAAAGCUGAUAAAGGAAGAAGACGAGGAACACACUCAGGACCCUUCCGUGGAGGUGAUUGGUGGAUUAAGUGAGCAAGCUCCAGGAGGUGAUUCCGACAGCAGCGGUGCAGAUACAAGCUUAGAGGAGGCAGAAUGGCCGUCUUGCAACUUGACGAGAGAAGCUUCUGGGGAUACUGGGAAGCAUCAGCUGACAGUGCCCGGAAACACCUUGAAAACUGAUUUAAGAAGGAAGUACUUGACCCAGGUGGAUAUACUGCUUCAGGACGCAGAAUAUUUUAAGAACACACAGAAGGGAGAUGGAAAAGACACGGUCACGACUUGCUUUCCUUCCUGGACGUCACCUGUCACACCAGCCCCUGGAUGCCAGGAUGGUAUCCCUGCAAAGAGCUUUGGUGGUCCUGAAGGGUCUGCUUCAUCCUGCGGAGACCAGGCUUCCUCAUACCCUUGCCCAGCUGACAUGACCAUUGUGACUAGAAAUGACAGCUUCUCCUUACUAGGGGCCAGCAGCAACAGUGUAAGCAACCAGUGCCCUGAGGUUGAUGACAUCAGCAAUGUGACAAUCAGCGAUCUGUAUGAAGGCAUGAUGCACUCCAUGAGCAGGCUGCUGCGCUCAAAGCCGUCGUGCAUCAUCUCCACCAAGACCUCCAUUAACAGGAACUGGAAGCUCAAGAGGAGGCUCUCACGAAAGCAUGGGGUGCACAAGAACACGACAUACUGCCACAGGAGCAAACCCUUCCAGAGGAGCUCUAGGAAGGGGCCCCUGCACUGCUCAGAGCCCAGGAAAGAGGCCAGAGUAUUAAGGGACUCCAAGAACUUGCCGCAUGUUGAUCCCCACAAGACAGACAAGACAGGCUUAGAACUGGAAAGUGUUCCUCUUGAAGGAAGCAAACUCCAAGUCCAUAAAUUGAGUCCAGCUUGGAAGGAGCUCCAGGGGCUGCCUCAGAAGUAUUUGGGCUUAAGCACAGUAAACCACCUUGGGCGAGAAGACAGGGUGAAGGCAUUACAGUGGUUAAUUUCACCCGUUAAAAUGGCUCCCAGGCUGAGGGUGCCUCCAGGUCAGGUAGAGAACUGGUAUAGAGAGGUUAAAAUCAAAUUUGAGAAACUCCAUCAGGAAUGUUGCCCAUCUCCUGAGAAACGGCUUCGCCUGACUGGCCCUACGCAGUCUUGGGCUGCAGACAUGUACAGAGGUGGCUCUAAAAGCCCAGGCAGCCGCCAGAGUGUAGAAACCCACAAGCUGAGUUCACCUUUGAGCAGAGAGAAGACAGAGAGGCCAGGUGAAGCUUUUGAAGACCUGAGGGGAAGGUCUGUCAAGACAAAUAGCUGUCUCCUAAGGAGGGGCCCUUCUCCAGAGGACAGCCCGUCACAAAGUCCAGGUCAUUCUCAACAGAGGUCUGGCCAUCUUCAAGAACAUAAUUCUGAACCAAUCAGAAAGGCAGCAUGGCCCAGUACAGCCAUUUCAGCACCGGACUUUCCAGACUGUGGAGGUCACUAUGACGAGCUUAAAAAAGAAUUCAACAGACUUUAUCAGAAGUAUUGUCUGGUGUCACCUCGGCAUGCGAAGGUGACUUUGUGUGGCAGACUAUCUCCAGUGAAAGCUGCUGCAGCUGUUCCCGGUCAAACAGAGCACUUGAAAAGAUUAAAUCCAGACUCUCCACUCCAGAGUUCCCAGAAAUGGUCGCCAUCUCCUGACUGGCGCAUAAGAAUUCCACAGGAUUCAACUGCAGUUGAGGGUCACAGGUCUGCACAGACUGCUAGUGCUGUUGUGAGAGGCCCUUGGUUGUCAACAAAGAGGCGCAAGUUGUCAUACCCGGCCAAGUCUCCAGAUUCCUCGGGAGCAGCAGGCCGGCUCUGAGUGUCCUGACUGCUGGCUGCGUGUUUGUCCGUUGGACAUGAUGUGUAGUCAGUAGCUGCUUUGAGGGAGAAGACUUGGCAGACGCUUUUCUCUUUGGAGGUGGGCCCAGAGCAUCAAGUGUGCUGAACAAUCUUUCACUGCAGCUCCCAGUAGCCACUUGGCCUCUGCCCAGCCACCUCCCCCGCACCAUAUCACAGCGCCACCUCUGUUCUGCCUUGGGCUUCUCCAGCCAGCCUCGAAUAUGUCUCUAAAUCAUAUUCAGGGGAUUCUCGAUGGCAGUUUUCCUUUUGACUUUAACUGCUUACAUUGUCUUUGCUCCCCGCUCCCCACACCCAUCUUCACCUUCCUCUCUUCUGCUUUUGUGUAGGUAAGUGCCCUUCUGGAGGACAUGGUGUAAGUCCAUGGGUUGGGUAAUAGCCCGGACCCUGCUCCCACCCGUUGGCUUAGUCUCAGGAGCUCUGGUUUGGGGGUGGGGUGGGGGAGAUGUUUUGUUUUUGAGGCAGUCUUACAUAGCUUGGUCUGACCUUGAACUCGUUGGAUGGUUGAGGUGACUUCAAGUUCCUGAUCCUCCUGCCUCUGCCUCCGUUUCCCAAAUUCUGAGGCUAAUCUUUGUUUUCGGAUUUAUUUCCAUGGGUACAACACUUUAUGAGCUGAUUGAACUGCCAAGAAGGGAAGGGACCCACCUGGGGUAGAGCCAUCGAUACAAGGAGCAGGGCCAGACCUCAGACUUCAACAAUACUAGCUGGGUCUCUGGUCACCUGGUGUGGCAGGUAUCCCUGGCAGGGUAUGCCCGCCAGCAGGCUCCCUUCGCUCUUGGCCUGAGCUGCUUGUCUAGCUGUCUCAGCCUCCUAGACCAAACUCCCACCACGGUGCCCCGGUGGCCAGCUCCAGACACUGCGGAAGGGACUGAGAGCGUACUCGUGUCCAGGUCACCUCAGGGUAACCUGAGAUUCCAAUGGGAAGGAAGGCCACCGGAGGCCUUAGUCCAGAACCUGCUUUCCUCACCCAGCCUGUGUCCUCAGCCUUUUGCUUAUGUCCCCCGCUGUCCCAGGAAUACAGCUGUGUCCCUUGCCCCGCCGUCUGGACCUUCCUCCAGCUCUAGCGCCAAUGAAAUACUGCUACUUUGUUUUUAAACCCUGUCUUGCUAUGUAUCCCAAACUGAUUGACCUUGUAGCCCUCUGCCUCAGCCUUCCUAAGACAUGUGCAACAUGCCCCACCUUUGAAGUCCCACCUUCCUGGUACUCUACUCAGAGAAAAUCUUGAUUUUUACCAAAGCCUGGAGACCUCUCUCGCCCGACCGCUAGAGGAGACCUUGACUUUACUCUCUGUAAAGUCAAUCAGUUUGCUGGUUGGUGGGAGUCACAGUACUUAGAGCUUCGUCCUUGGUCCUCACCACUUCCCUGAAUUCAAUGGCCUAUCCUUAGGGCCUUUACCCGAUGCCUUCUCUAGUCCCAUCUUCAGCCACACUGAACACUCAAUAGCUUCAUUUUCUGUUUCCUUCUCCUUCAGCUAUAACAGAUCUCCACAUUCAGUGACAACAUGAAGGAUAUUAAAGCUGGUUCCUUCUGUGCUGGACCAGUAAGCCUUUUACAGACCUUACUCUAUCCACCUAAGGACCCCUCAGUGACACUGAUGUGAGCAGUCUCUGUUUCUCUUAUGAGGACAGUGUGUGUCUGUGUCUGCCCACUCCUAAGUUCACUCAGAUGGGGCUGACUUACCCCAGGGCACACAGCUGGGGUAGCAGCAGCAACCUUUGUCAUCGCUGUCACUGCAGUGUGACAAUGAGAGUUCCCACGGCGGGCAUAAACACAAGUGCAGUGCAGUAGACGUCAGGCAUAGUGGCAGGCCUUAAAGAACUACGGGAAUUGUACUAAAAUUAUCUCUCAUCGGUCCGGAUGGAAAGGUGAUUUUUGUUAGGAAAAUUUUUUAAAGUAAAAAUCUUGCCUCCCCCUGCCCCUCUUGCCUCUAGUUCUGUUUUAGAUGGGGUCUCUGUCACUGUCACCUAGGCUGGCCUCAGACGCACCUCAAACAUGCUGUGCCACAACCGUCUGUACCGCCUUUGCAUCGCUUGUGUGCUGCCCUGCUUGACCUGUCUGCCCUUAACGCCCCUCCAGGGCAGCUGGCACUGUGGAAAGGGCCUGGUGUGGUUUUGCAAAUAAAGUUGUAUUGUUAGCGUUUUCAAUGUCA